GAAAAGUUCCGAGUUUAACUCUGUCGAAAAACUAAAACUUCAAAGGCAAAUGACUAAACCCGGAACAUAGUACUUGGAAAAGAAUCCCUCGUGCGAUAAUCGUUUCUUCUGAAAUCACAACUGAAAAGUUCUGAGUUUGUGCCAAAACCAACCACAUUAACCAAAACACCAUCAUCACACCAAGAAACCACGAUGGAUCCCUACGAUGAAAAGAGGCUAAGAGACGAAGUGAUUUACCUUCACUAUCUCUGGCACCAAGGCCCUCCACGCCCACCGCCACAAAACCCCAUCACCCACCGUCCAUUUCCCUCACCUUCGCAACCCUACAUCCCCCAACACACGUGGCACGCGCGUCCUCAUCAACAGCAACCUGCACCCGCCCGCACCAGAUCACUCCCUCCAGCAAUCCCCACCACCACCACCACCUCCUUCAAGAAGAAAAAGAAGCAUAAAAGAAAUACCCCCGAAAAGAAUGUUUCACAACCCGACCCGGGCCCAGAAUGGCCGUGUCCGGUUCGGCCUGAGCCAAGCCCAACCACCGGUUGGGCCCAGCCCAAGCCCAAGCCCAAGCCCGGUUCGGCCUCUCCUCCUCCCGAGGUGGCUCCAGAAGAGAAGGAGAGGCUGGUGGCAAUGCAGGCUCAGCACAAAGCGUGCAAGGCUUUGAAGGAGUUUCUUUCUAAUAACUAUGAUGAUGGUGAUGAUGAUGAUGAUGAUGAUGAUGAUGAUGAUGAUGAUGAGAGUGAAUGCGAGGAGAUUGAGGAGUUCUUUCUGGUGCUCUUCUUAGAGGAUCAUGAACUGAGAGGGUACUACCAGAGGUGUUAUGAGAAUGGAUUGUUUUGCUGCUUGGUUUGUGGUGCCAUUGGGAAGAAGAAUUCUGGGAAGAGGUUUAAGGAUUGUGUUGGACUUCUUCAGCAUUCGAUGUCGAUUUUGAGGACCAUGAAGAAAAGGGUGCACAGAGGGUUUGGGAUGGCCCUGUGCAAGGUUUUGGGUUGGGAUUCUGAUCGGUUUCCGGCCAUCGUGAUGAAGGGGACGCCUCUUGGGAUGGAGAUGAUGACGCCGGUGGAGGCAGAGGGUGAGCCUAAGGAGAAUAAUGCUGCUGAUGACAAUGAUAGAAAAGAUGAUUCCCACGAAUCAGAUGAUAAAGUCUUGUCUUUGGAACAUGGUGAUGUUGCAGCUGAGGUGCCAGCACAAAGGGUUGAUCAAAGUAUGAAUAAGAUGCAGGGUGAGCAUGAUGGAAAAGAUGGUGAAGAUCAUGGAGAAAAUGGUGCCCACAAAUCAGGUGAUGAAGUUGUGUCUUUGGGGCUUGGUGAUGAACCAGUUUAGGAGCAUGCGCAAGGAGAUGAUCAGAGUAUUAACAAGGGUGAAGCCUAAUAAACAUGUUGAUGACAUUGAUAAUUCAAUUGUUCUUUAGGAAAAUCAGGAAAAGUGACCAGUGUUCACUUACUAUAGUUUCUGGGGAGAUCUUUUUGCCUGACCACAAAAAUGGAGAGCCAUUCUGACUUUAUGGUACUUUAAAUGCCAUAUUGAUAAUUCAAAUGUUCUUCAUGAAAAUCAGGCGAAGUGAACAGUGAAUGUAAUAUAGUUUCUAUGGAGGUCCAUUUGUUUCACCACAAUAAUGGAAAACCAUUCUGACUUUAGGUAAGUACAUAACUUAGUUUGUGAUUCACUAGUUUCCCUUAGUUGAUAAUUCUGUAAAUUUGUGGCAAAUUUUGCCAACUUAUAGUCAUUCACAAGACAAUGUAGUGUACAUUUGAACAUGUCUCGUGCAAAAUUAUGUUUUGUAUGCAAAAGUCUCAUCUUGGCUAUCA